CCUCAACGGCUCCCUCUUCAAAUCCACCAUCCCUUCUCUUCACCUCAAACUCUUGACACCAAGCUUGAGUGCAGAAAGCGAAAAAAAAAAAAAAAUUGGAAGGGAGAGGUGGAAGAAAAUGGUGUACACCUACACACCCACCUAUUACUCUUCCAUCCAAGACACCAUCACCUCUCUGUGCAAAUCCAUCCUCCCCUUCUCCCUCCAGAAUCGGCGCCUGCCGCAAGAGCAGAAGCUCGCCAAGCAGCAAUCCGACAACCUCAAAUGGCAGCAGGACUCCUUCCACCGGAUCCUCAACCUGAUCGGCCUCCACAAGGAAGGAAUCGUCCCCGAGAGCGACGUCACGGCUUUCCGAUCCCAUCUGCUCGAUACCCUCAUCGCCUCCCCGGCCCAUCCGGAACCAGUUAGUGUGAUCAGAGAUAAGCUGCUGUUCUUGCAGGAACUUUUCUAUGCCAAAUGCAUCACAGCCGAGGAGUACCAUUCUUCCAAGAGGCCUCUGCUGCAGAGGCUCGCCGUGCAAGGGGCCGAGAUCGAUUGCAGAGAUGUGAUCGUCGGGACGCCAGCUACUACCACCUCAUCGGAAGAGGAGUGGACGGUUAUAGAGCUCGGGGACAGAGAGCCCACGACGAUGACAACCGAGAAGGCGAAGCAUAAGACUUCGAUUAGAUCUUUUAUCGGCAAGGCGGCCUCUCCAUACAAAUCAUGGAGAGGGAAAGGGAAGGAGAAUUCUGCGAAUUUUUACGGGAAUCAAAACGGUAAUAAACAAAGUUCGAUACUUGCGGCCGAGAGCUCGCCGCUGGUACCUGUCAAGUCCGAGACGACGAGGAGGAAGCCGUUCCAUGCUCUAUUUCAGAAAGAACAACGCGAUGAGAAUGAGAGCAAGGACCCAUCCAUUCCUAGGCCUGAAGAGAGAGUGCCGAAAUAUUCGAAGAAGAAGCAGUGGGGUCUUGAUGGGAUCAAGAAAUGGAAGAGAAAUAAUGCUGAAGAGGAGUCCGCAACUCCUUACCUGCCUCCCGGGGAGAGAACAGAUGAUGAUAGUUCAUCAGUUCCUUGCAUGCUCGUGGCCAGCCCGAUCGGAGAAGGCCCUGAUACAAAGAGGAUGAAGAAAAAGAUGCACUCGGAUGGCUCCACCUCUGAUUUUUUCAUCGAUAAGGUCUUGGGGGAGAACAUAAAGAAGGAGCUCACUCUAAUCCAAUCGGAACUAUGUUCAGAGAAUCCAAACAUUAGUUUCUCGGAUGAACAAAUCGAGGUAAUAUCGACGAGGCUUCCUGUUGACAGGGAAGACCUGAACAAUUUCUUUCCAAGGUCAUGGUGUGACCGGUAUGGGGACAUUGUGCUCGAUGUCGUGAGGAAGGAGUUCAAAGAUCAUGUUGGUGAGAUGGAAAACCUGAGAAAUGCUGCAAGAGAGAAACAUGGCAGUGCAGAUAAAUGGGUAGCUUUUGAAGAUAACAAUGAGAACUUUCACACCAACCUCUGAGGAUUAGUCGCUGCUGCAAGGGCUAACUGAUAACCGAUGGGAUGAUUUCAUCAUCAUCUCUGUGGGAGGAGAUUCAAAUGUUGUUGGAUAUCAGGAGUAGUAUGUUUGCGAUAAUGAGUUGGCUUUGUUUGGCUUUGUUUUAGAGGAGACUCUUUAAGUGUUGUUGAACUCAAAAAGCUCCCUAUGGAGGACUGCGUUUGGUGUUUUUGAUGACAGCUGUUUGUCUGGUGCUUAAUGAACAUGGGUUAAUUCUCCCUAUUCAGGAGUCUAAUCACCCAGAUGACGGCGA